UGAUGCCACUUCAGACAGAUGUCUGUCUGCACCCUGCCACAAUGGAGCGACCUGUGUGGACACCAUGGAGGAUUACGCCUGCUUAUGUGCCACAGAAGGCGUUCGAUACAUGGGCAAGAACUGCGAUGAACUCUAUGACGCCUGCUCUUUUGCACCAUGUGCAGACUGCACCAGCAGGCCUGGUACCACACAGUACCACUGUGUCUGCCCACAUGGACUAACAGGUGACAACUGCACAGAGGAGGUGGACGAGUGUCAGAGCAACCCCUGCUCUGGACCUCGCUCGAUGUGUGUGGACCAGCAGAACGGAUACUUCUGCAGGUGUCCUGCCGGGUUCGGAGGACGCGGCUGCAGCACGCACGUAACCGACUGCGUCGACGGACCCUGCAAGAACAAUGGGACUUGUGUGCUACGACCAGAGGGCUUUCACUGCCACUGUGCACCAGGGUUCCAGGGGAGGACUUGUGAGGAGGACGUGAACGAGUGUCUGUCAGAGCCUUGUCAGAACGGAGCCAUCUGCAUCGACGGAGUGGCAGAGUUCCACUGCUUCUGUGUGCCGGGGUUUCAGGGCCACAACUGUGAGAUUGACAUCAACGAGUGUGUGUCACGGCCCUGUGAGAACAACGCCACGUGCAUCAAUGAGAAGGACCACUAUGAGUGAGUCAACUGUGAAAUUGAAAUAGACGAGUGUGAGUCCAGUCCCUG